AUGUGUAAGGACUGGUUUCCAGUAAAGACUUGGACUGGUUUCCAGUAAAGACUUAAACUGGGAAAUUAGGGUCCUCAGUCUUCGUGCUUAUUGCUGGUAGGUCAUCUUGUAUGUGUGAUUUUUGUUUUGGUCCCAUUUAUCACUAAUAAUUAAGUGUCUAUUAAAAUUCCUAGGUAAUGAAAUGAGGCUAUAAAUUAAUUAUUGAAAUUUUAACAGAUUCCAAAGAGCAGAAGGAGGCAUAUAUGAGGCUGGAGAAUCUUGCAUGUAUUGUCUGUCUUUACAUACAAUUUUUCUUUGCUUUAAGAUAAGAAACAUUGAGGAAAAUGUAUAUUUAAAAUUGUUGAGGGCAUUCUGCACUGGGGGGGGCAAUAUUUGUCAUUGGAAUGAAUAAGCUGAAUGUAAUCUAAUGAUAAUCAUUCUUCAUAUUUGCCAGAGAAAAGCUACUUAAGCAAGUAUAAGGGCAAAACAUUUUUUUCUGAGGCAAGAAGAGAGUAUAGACUGAUUUACUAGAUUGUAUUACUUAAGUGGAAAGGGGUCUUUGAAAAUUUCGCAGAGCUUGGAGUUGUGUUCCAGGAUGGAUGUGUCCAGCCAGGAGGCCAGGUUGGUCCGCCAAAGGGAAAUGCACUGCUGUGAACUUCUGGUUGGGAGGAAAUCAGGGGAAGUGCACACUGUGAGAGUUGGGAGGAACCAACCUAUAGUCUCUGAAGUAAGGUUUUAGUGACCCUCUCCUGUCAUGGAAGUUUGGAAGCUGGUUAAGCCUCAGAGCGCUGAGCAGAGAAAGUGAAGAGCUCUUAUUUAACAGAAUCCUAUUCUAAGAACUCAGGCACUCCCGUAUCCACCAUGGUGUUGGGUCCUGAACAGAAGAUGCCAGAUGAAGAUGCUUCUGGAGACCAUGGGGACUCUGCCAGUCUCAGUGCCAUCAAUCCUGCCUACAGCAAUUCCUCUCUUCCGCAGUCCCCUGGCGGGCACUCGGAGGAGCCCUUCACUACCUACUUUGAUGAGAAGAUUGCCAUUCCUGAGGAGGAGUACUCUUGUUUUAGCUUUCGUAAACUCUGGGCUUUCACGGGACCAGGAUUUCUUAUGAGCAUUGCUUACCUGGAUCCAGGAAACAUUGAAUCUGAUUUGCAGUCUGGAGCAGUGGCUGGAUUUAAGUUGCUCUGGAUUCUUCUGUUGGCCACCAUUGUGGGGCUCCUGCUCCAGCGCCUUGCGGCUAGACUGGGAGUGGUCACUGGGCUGCAUCUUGCUGAAGUGUGUCAUCGUCAGUAUCCCAAGGUUCCACGAAUAAUCCUAUGGCUGAUGGUGGAGUUGGCUAUCAUUGGCUCAGAUAUGCAAGAAGUUAUUGGCUCAGCUAUUGCCAUCAAUCUCCUGUCUGUAGGAAGGAUUCCUCUAUGGGGUGGAGUUCUCAUCACCAUUGCAGAUACCUUUGUAUUUCUCUUUUUGGACAAAUAUGGCUUGCGGAAGCUAGAGGCAUUUUUCGGUUUUCUGAUCACUGUUAUGGCGCUCACAUUUGGAUAUGAGUAUGUUACAGUGAAGCCCAGCCAGAGCCAGGUCCUCAAGGGCAUGUUCCUGCCGUCCUGUUCAGGCUGUCGUACCCCGCAGAUCGAGCAGGCUGUGGGCAUCGUGGGCGCUGUCAUCAUGCCACACAACAUGUACCUGCAUUCUGCCUUAGUCAAGUCCAGACAGGUUAACCGAGCCAACAAGCAGGAAGUUCGAGAAGCCAAUAAGUACUUUUUCAUUGAGUCCUGCAUUGCUCUCUUUGUUUCCUUUAUCAUCAACGUCUUUGUCGUCUCAGUCUUUGCCGAAGCAUUUUUUGAGAAAACCAAUGAGCAGGUGGUUGAAGUCUGUAGAAAUAGCAGCAGUCCCCAUACUCACCUUUUUCCUGACGAUAACUCAACACUGGCUGUGGACAUCUACAAAGGGGGUGUCGUGCUGGGGUGUUACUUCGGGCCUGCUGCACUCUACAUCUGGGCAGUGGGGAUCCUGGCUGCAGGACAGAGCUCCACCAUGACAGGAACCUAUUCUGGCCAGUUUGUCAUGGAGGGAUUCCUAAACCUAAAAUGGUCACGCUUUGCUCGAGUGAUUCUCACCCGCUCUAUUGCCAUCAUCCCUACUCUGCUUGUUGCCGUCUUCCAAGAUGUAGAGCAUCUGACGGGGAUGAAUGACUUCCUGAAUGUUCUUCAGAGCUUACAACUUCCCUUUGCUCUCAUACCCAUCCUCACGUUUACGAGCUUGCGGCCAGUGAUGAGUGACUUUGCCAAUGGAAUAGGCUGGAGGAUUGCGGGUGGUAUCUUGGUCCUUAUCAUCUGUUCUAUCAACAUGUACUUUGUCGUGGUUUAUGUCCAGGAUCUAGGACAUGUGGCAUUGUAUGUGGUGGCUGCUGUGGUCAGCGUAGCUUAUCUGAGCUUUGUGUUUUACUUGGGUUGGCAGUGUUUGAUUGCACUGGGCAUGUCCUUCCUGGACUGUGGGCACACGUAUCAUCUGGGAUUGACAGUGCAGCCUGAACUCUACCUUCUGAACACCGUGGACGCUGACUCACUUGUGUCUAGAUGACUGACAGCCUGAGAGACUGUAUAAGACCCACUUAUAAUUUUUUUGUGCCAAGUGUCCUGUUAACAUAUCUCUGUUAGUUCAGAGGUGAGUUUUGUUCAAAUGUUUAGAACAAAAGGCAAAGAUUUCCUCAUGGGAAUUGUGUUAAACACUGCCAGCUCUAAGUGUAGGUCAGAGACCCACCCCACCGCACAACAGUCCUGCAACAGCCAAAGUUAAAUGAUUAGCUGUGAUGGCCACACACCCCAUGGGCUUGUGUCAACACUUUGGAAUUUUAAAAAUAUAUAUGUGUAUAUGUUUAUGUAAACC